AUUAAUUACCAUCUAUCAAUUGAUAUGUGCGGAUGUCUCGAUGGAAAACGCUAAAGAUGACAAUGACAUUAUUUGGAGUUAUUAGUGUCUUUAUACUGAAUCAUGUCGCUGAUGGCCUGAAUAUUCGACUAGUAAAUGGGACCAGACCAAGCGAGGGGCGUCUGGAGGUCUUCUACAACAACACGUGGGGUACAGUGUGUGAUGACGACUUCGACAGUUUGGAUGCAAAAGUUGUUUGUCGCAUGCUUGGAUUCACUGGAAACUUGAUCACAGCUGCAGCCAAGCCUGGGGCCACUUACGGACAGGGUACCUAGUCCAAUAUUGCUGGAUGAUGUGACGUGCGGCGGUACCGAGUCGAGUUUGUCCUACUGCCAGGCCAACUGGGGCACGCACAAUUGUGGUCAUAGCGAAGAUGUUGGAGUGGAUUGUAGCCUAAUUAUUCGACUAGUAAAUGGGACCAGACCAAGCGAGGGGCGUUUGGAGGUUUUCUACAACAACACAUGGGGUACAGUGUGUGAUGACGACUUCGACAGUUUGGAUGCAAGAGUUGUUUGUCGCAUGCUUGGAUUCACUGGAAACUUGAUCACAGCUGCAGCCAAGCUUGGGGCCACUUAUGGACAGGGUACCUAGUCCAAUAUUGCUGGAUAAUGUGAGGUGCGGCGGUACAGAGUCUAGUUUGUCCUACUGCCAGGCCAACUGGGGCACGCACAACUGUGAUCAUAGCGAAGAUGUCGGAGUGGAUUGUAGCCUGAAUAUUCGACUAGUAAAUGGGACCAGACCAAGCGAGGGGCGUCUCGAGGUUUUCUACAACAACACAUGGGGUACAGUGUGUGAUGACGACUUCGACAGUUUGGAUGCAAGAGUUGUUUGUCGCAUGCUUGGAUCUACUGGAAACUUGAUCACGGCUGCAGCCAAGCAUGGGGCCACUUAUGGACAGGGUACCGGUCCAGUAUUGCUGGAUGAUGUGAGGUGUGACGGUACCGAGUCGAGUUUGUCCUACUGCCAGGCCAACUGGGGCACGCACAACUGUGGUCAUAGCGAAGAUGUCGGAGUGCAUUGCAUUUCAGGCUUCAAUAUUCGGCUGGUAAAUGGAUCCAGGCCUAGCCAGGGGCGUCUCGAAGUAUUCUACAACAACACCUGGGGUACAGUCUGUGAUGAUGACUUCAACAGUUCGGCGGCAAUAGUUGUUUGUCGCAUGCUGGGAUUCACCGGGAAUCAGUUCGCAACCGCAGCCUUGAGUUCGGCCACGUAUGGACAAGGUAAGGGUCAGAUAUGGCUGGAUGACGUAAAGUGCAACGGUACCGAAUCGAAUUUGUUCAACUGCCAGGCCAACAACUGGGGCGUGGGAAACUGUAAUCAUGGCGAAGAUGUCGGAGUUGACUGUAACACUAGCUGCCCACUUGGAAGUUACAGCGUUAACUGUUCCAAGCAAUGCAAUUGCCGUUUGGGCCCAUGUGACGGUGUUACUGGUGCAUGUGAAAAUGGUGGCUGUAAAGACGGAUGGACAGGAAUAGCGUGUAAUGAAAACUGCCCACUUGGAAGUUACAGCGUUAACUGUUCCAAGCAAUGCCAUUGCCGUUUGGGCCCAUGUGACGGUAUUACUGGUGCAUGUGGAAAUGGUGGCUGUAAAGACGGAUGGACAGGAAUAGCGUGUAAUAAAUCGUGCUUAAAUGGAAGCUGGGGCGAAGGCUGCAAUCGACAAUGCGGUCGUUGCCAGAGACCCGGAAUAUGUAAUCCGCGGACUGGAGAGUGUCCUGGGACGUGUGAGCCUGGUUAUCAGACAACACGUUUAUGUGAUACGCGUAAGAUGUUAUAUUUAAAUACACAAAUCCAUGUAAAGUGCAUUAAAGGCAUUUCCUGCUUAAAUGGAAGCUGGGGCGAUGGCUGCAAUCGACAAUGCGGUCGUUGCCAGAGACCCGGAAUAUGUAAUCCGCGGACUGGAGAGUGUCCUGGGACGUGUGAGCCUGGUUAUCAGACAACACUUAACUGCGAUACACCGUGCUUGAAUGGAAUGUGGGGCGAAGGCUGCAAUCGUCAAUGCGGUCGUUGCCAGGGAAACACACUAUGUGAUAAGCGGACUGGAGAGUGCCCUGGAGCGUGUGAGCCUGGUUAUCAGACAACACGUUCAUGUGAUACACCGUGCUUAAACGGAAACUGGGGCGAUGGCUGCAAUCGACAAUGCGGUCGUUGCCAGAGACCCGGAAUAUGUAAUCCGCGGACUGGAGAGUGUCCUGGGACGUGUGAGCCUGGUUAUCAGACAACACAUUUCUGUGACAUACCGUGCUUAAAUGGAAGGUGGGGCGUAGGCUGCAAUCGCCAAUGCGGUCAGUGCCAGGGAAACACACUAUGUGAUAAGCGGACUGGAGAGUGUCCUGGAGCGUGUGAGCCUGGUUAUCAGACAACACGUUUAUGUGAUACACCGUGCUUGAAUGGAAUGUGGGGCGAAGGCUGCAAUCGUCAAUGCGGUCGUUGCCAGGGAAACACACUAUGUGAUAAGCGGACUGGAGAGUGCCCUGGAGCGUGUGAGCCUGGUUAUCAGACAACACGUUUAUGUGAUACACCGUGCUUAAACGGAAACUGGGGCGAUGGCUGCAAUCGACAAUGCGGUCGUUGCCAGAGACCCGGACUAUGUAAUCCGCGGACUGGAGAGUGUCCUGGGACGUGUGAGCCUGGUUAUCAGACAACACGUUUUUGUGACACACCGUGCUUAAAUGGAAGGUGGGACGAAGGCUGCAAUCGCCAAUGCGGUCGUUGCCAGGGAAACACACUAUGUGAUAAGCGGACUGGAGAGUGUCCUGGAGCGUGUGAGCCUGGUUAUCAGACAACACGUUUAUGUGAUACAUACUGCCCACUUGGAAGCUACAGCGUUAACUGUUCCAAGCAAUGCCAUUGCCGUUUGGGCCCAUGUGACGGUGUUACUGGUGCAUGUGGAAAUGGUGGCUGUAAAGACGGAUGGACAGGAAUAGCGUGUAAUGAAAGUUGCCCAUUUGGAAGGUACGGCGUUAAUUGUUCCAAGCAAUGCCAUUGCCGUGUGGGCCCAUGUGACGGUGUAACUGGUGCAUGUGGAAAUGGUGGCUGUAAAGACGAAUGGAGAGGAAUGGCGUGUAAUGAAAAGUGUGGCGGGGUCCUGACAGAUCCGAUCGGCGUCAUUACGAGCCCCAACUUCCCGUACGAUUACAACAACAAUGAGCGAUGUACCUGGGUCAUAAACGCACCAGAGGGCAGCCGGAUCAAUGUGAAUAUAACAGACUUUGCAAUGGAGUACCAUGUACAGUGCAGACAUGACUAUCUAGAGAUCUUCAACGGACCUAACUUUGACUCUUCGUCAAUCGGAAAGUUCUGCGGGACAGCGCCACCUGAUGGAUUUAAGUCGCAGACGCACUCUGUCAGUAUUUUCUUUUUCACAGACGCAGUCAGUAGUGCGAGGGGUUUCAAUCUGACCUACACAUUCUCCAUACAAGCCAAGGAAGAUACAAAGAAAUCUAGGACAAUCAUAAAGAUUGCAGCGUCUUCGGGAGGUGGUCUUCUGAUGAUAGUUACCAUCACAAUCAUUGCGUGUGCGUGCAAAGGCAGGAAAAAAAGGAAGAGGGAUCCAAACGCCGUUCAACUGAAUGAACUACAAUCAUCGAACAGUCCCCAAGAAUGGCAUGAAAACAACAGAGUUAAUGUUGAAGGUUUACCUGACGACGACAAUUACGAUGUUAUCGGUCCGUGUGAAGAACUGGUUAAUGACGAACGAAAGUGCGACGGUCAAGGGCAGACAAAUUACUCAGACUUCGAACUGUACGAAAAUGACUUCAGGGGAUAAAAUAUAAAGAAUACGCAAACGAAGAGUAGUUAUUUGUAAUAAAUAAAAAAAUUACGACCAAAAACAUGUUUUGAUAUAACUUGAAUUCUGCGAGUGUUGAUUGUUUAAUUCCCCAACGCAAACUUACAUGUUAGUUUUGCAAGUAUUUAUAUUAACCUCCUUCAUUGGACGUGCUUUAUAGAAAUAAACGUGCAUGAGAUAAACUGUAUUAUUUGAGCUUUUCCGGGAUGAUUUGUGACGCACAGAAGAAGGACGUUAUUAUAUCAAAUGCCGUCAAUUGAUGUUUAUUGUAUACGUUAUCAUUUAUAUUUCUUAGAAUAUAGCUAUUUUCGCACAUAUAUUUUGUACGGAGAAUGUAUCGAAAACUACAAAAGAUAUGCAUUCGUAACUGUAUAGAUAUACUCAUUUCAACGAGUAAAUGAGAAGUUCAUCAUAAAUCGUGUCUCCCUAUUUUUUAAGUAUUUCGCCUUGAUCACUGGCAAGUGACCAUGUUUGUAGUAUAAACGUUUUGCAUUUCGUGUGUUAUUCUCUUUGCCUGAUAGACUUUGACGUGAUAUAUGUUAUCUUAUACAAAGCAAUAUAUUUAUUGUUUGCUGCCAACAUUUUGACAUAAUAACACGUAAGUGUUUAUGCAUGUGAUAGAUUAUUGAUUGACUUGUUGAUAAACAUCAAUUUUAAAUGCGAUUGUAGUAAAUUAACGAAGAAAACAUGUCUCGAAAAAUUUGUUCACAUUAUUCACCUGAUUUAGAUAUAAUAUUUCUUGGGAUACGAAUAUUUGUUUCGCCGUAUAGCAUAUCAUUAAAAUUCUCGUCAGUCUCUAUCUUAUUAUUUGCGUAUUGUGUUUGAGAAUCAUUAUUAAUGUUGUGUGUUGUUAUUUUCAGAUUCUUAAAAACAGUGAUGUAAAAAUUUAAAGCAUGCAUGUUUUGCUUCGAACAUUAAUGAAUGUGUUUUAUGCGUAUGAAUGGUUUCUGAAAUAUAAUGAAAAUAGACGUAAGUGAACAUUACCAUUACGUGAACAAUGAAAUAGUGUGUGUUUUUUAAGUCAAUUUGAAUGUAUUUUAGCUAAUGUGGCAAGAAAAACGUUCCAAUAACAUACAUUUACAUAAAUAUUUUGCCGAAUAGAUGAUACUGUUCAUUUGUUUUUAAUGAUUCAUUCGUUAUGCAAAUAAACUUACAUUAUCUUUACUGCAUUUUAUACGUGUUUUUUAGCUCGGCGUUUUCGGAGAAAACUAGAGGUAUUGUCAUAGCCAGCUCGUCGUCCGCCGUUCGCCGUCUGACGUCCGCCGUCCGCGUCGUGCUAAAACCUUAACAUUUUGUUAAGGUUUUGAACAUUGGCUCUAAAAUCAAAGUGCUUCCACCUACAACUUUGACACUUCAUAUGUAGAUGCACCUUCAUGAGUUCUACACGCCACACCCAUUUUGGGGUCACUAGGUCAAAGGUCAAGGUCACUGUGACCUCUAAACAAAAUCUGACAAGCUUUCAUUUAUUCAAAACUGCACCCGUAGCCGAGCGUGGCACCCGUUAUGCGAUGCUCUUGUUUAAAUAAAUUGUUUUUGCCUAAAAAAAAACAAAAUUCUGUAUAUUUCUAAGAUUAUAUUGAUCAUUAUUCGUAUUUCAUUUUAAGAUUUUUGACACCAUAUAUAUGUUCCUUUUAAUUAAUCGAUCUGUACCUGUCAUAAAUAGGUUUUUGACUCUGGGAAUGUUUUUCGAAAUAUGCUUCAUUACGUUUUAUAUGUCCUAUAACACAUUACUGUAAAAUAUUACACAUCUUUGUAAACGUAUAUCAUUAAAUGAGAGUGAGCUAUGUUUUUUAUGUUGUAUUGUAUGUUUGAAAAUAAAUUCAUUCGAAAAUC